AUGAGUGCCCAGUGGUCGUACAUCACUGAAGAGUUACUCGCGUCGCCCUUGAGCGUCUCGACCCUUGUUGAAUCUCUGAAAACAACGCCAGAAUCAAUUGAUGAUGUAUUCUACGAACUGAUAUUGAGCAUCGCCGAGUAUGAUCGUGCCUCGACGGCAACAUACUCUUCAAUUCUGGCUGCAUUGUUCAAAGAGUUCCCUAAUAAAGAGGAGAAGUUUCUUGUUCUCUCACAGGCAUUCCCGUCAACAUCUUCAUUAAAUUCAUUUUUGAAGAAUUGCUCGAUUGACAAGUCUCUGAAAGUGUUACACCUUGAUAAAAAUAUACUCAAAUCUGAAGGAAUAUUCCCAGAUUAUGGACGGUACCAGUAUAUUGAUGCACGUACAAGGAUUUUUUCAGUUGAUUCUUAUUCCUCCCUCCAUGAGUCAAGUGAAGGUUUUGCAAAGUAUAUCUCUGAGAUUAUAAGCUUCAUGGAUAAACCUGAAAAUCCUUCAGAUUUAGUAGACACGUUGGAUCAGAUUACAGUGAUAUAUGAACUCGACGCAAAUAGAUGCACGCUUAUAAUGUUAAACAUCUUUGCAAAUUUCUUGGGUGAUAAAGAAGAUGUUGUUUUGGAUAUUUGUAGAAACUGUUCUUGGUGGAGAACGCAAGAUUCAAAUUCUUCCAUACAAUCCACCAUUAAUUCAUACUUGUUGAAUGUUCGAGAAGAGAAUAUUUUAGAGCUAAGAAUGAUCACGUUGCUCAUCAAACACGAAAUUUUGGACUUUAAGCAGGUGUAUAACUGUCUAGGGCCUUUGAAUGUGAAAAUUAUCGAUUCUGCCACUACUGAAGCAAACGAAUCAAAUGAAAUGAAUGAAUUGCUUGAUACGACUCUUGAGCAAAAACAAAAAGAUGCUGCAGUUUCGAAUGUAUCUGCAUUAGCGAUGGCUUCCUUGUUACCUGAUUCAGAUGACGAGGAAGAUAAUAAGGGGGAAAAAGAGGACAAGGUAGCUACAAGCGAGACAUUGGCACAGGAAACCAUUCUUGACAAAUCCAAAUAUUUCAAUAAGGUUCAACUCCUUGAUUCUUUUAUACAUUACAAGAUGUUUGAGUAUAUUGAUGUGGUGCUAGGAGAAUUCCCAGAGAUUCCUCUCAUUUAUGACAGAAUAGCUGAUCGCUUGAAUGAUUUGGUUGAAUCCUUCAUCACACCUUUUUACUUUGAGUUUGUCGACAACUUAAACUUACUAAGCGCCGAUGUGGAGGUUGAAGUUACCAUACAGAUCAACAACCUUGAUGAAAUGUUUGAUGCAGUUAUUCCGUAUGUGAACUUGCUAAAAUAUAAGAUAAUGCGGAAUUCCUCAUUAGUGACUAAGCUAGUACGGAUUUUGAAAACUGCAAUCUUCAAAAAUAUUGAAGAGAAUGAAAUAUGCUUUGAAUUUUUCAGGAACUACAUAUUCCUUUACCUUCCAUUUUCCCAUAAUAUUCCUUUAGUUAAUGAAAGCUUCAGUAUAUUGUCUUGCUAUCCGUUGGAAACAAGGUACAAUCUAUACGGUGAGUAUUCGGUAAUGGUGAAAAAGGAUCCGGCAACUAAACUUAAUAACGAUAUUUGCGAAAAAAAAACUAAAGAUUUGUUGAAACGUUUAUCAGUUGAGAAUAUCAAUACUUCUUGCCGUUCUUUGAACAAGCUAAUCUCGGUUAACCCAAUCGCCGCAUCUAAUACAUUUAUCUCUCAUAUUGAAAGCUAUAGUUCAUUGAUAGAACUUGUCUGUGAAUCUUCCAAGUUUUUUAACGACUUUGCAUGGGAUGUCAUUACAUACCAACUACUUACAAAGUUAUAUGGUAACCGAUCCCCAAUGCAGCCUGAUGGUAUUAACUACACUCAAUGGUUUGGAAAUUUGACACAAUUUAUUGGUAAACUGGGAAGUUUGUACCCUGAGUCUUUCCAGUUAUCUCCGAUUUUGCUAUCCGUUGUGAAGAGCUUGAUUAAUAAAAACUUUUGCGUUUUGGAAAUUUUACAAGCCUUGAUUAAUUCCAUGACAGGAAUAAAACCGAUUAACAAUUUAUCUUAUCAACAGAUCAUGAGAUUGAAUGCAGAGAAAAGUUUGAAACAGUUAGCUUAUUUUUCUAUUCAAGACAAUAGAGAAAUCACGCGUAGGUCGUGCUCCAAGUUGCUUCGCAUAAUGAUAGACGAUGGAGUUUUUUCAAAAAUCUUUAUCCUUCUCUCACAAGUACAGUUUCAUUUACUUAACGAAGUUGACAACAAUCCCCUGAAAAUUAUUAACCAACGACUAGAUGACGUGAACUUGUUGCUUCAUAGUUUCAUAACAACUUUUGAGUCCAACCUUGGCAACAAAACAUUCAAAGAGAACAUGACAUCUAUUUCUAAUUUGAUCAAGAAAUAUAGCGUCAAACCUGAAUGGUGUUUUGAGGUAUGGAGACCAUACAUUGCGGAAGAUUUAAGGAACUCGGAUAAUGACAACAAUGUAAUUGUUUCAGAGUUGAGGGAAAGUAUCAAGGAUGUUUUACCUUACCAAUGGGAGCACAUGAACAUUGGUUUGUAUAUUAUGUUUUGGAUGUUGUCGUUAUAUGAUAUAAAUUAUCAAGAUUUAUCUUAUAUGAUGGAAUACUCAAAUCUGAAGACGCAAAUAACAGGCAUCAAUUUGAAGCUCAGACGUAGAAAUGAUUUACCUAUGAAAGAUGUGGUUGAGCUAGAGGAAAAACAUCGCUAUCUUACGCGUGUUUCCGCAUACAUUAAAGAGGACAUGCUUACUCAUGAGACUAAUAACAGCUUGGUGAUGAAGAAAAUCGAAAAAGAGAAAGAUCAAUGGUUUGAGACCGCUGAUGAUAGUGGUAUAAAGAAGACGAUGUUGGCCUUUAUGCAGUACUGCUUACUACCUAGGCUACAGCAUUCAUCAUUUGAUGCAGUAUUUGUAUCUAAAUUUAUUUUUAUGCUGAAUUCUUUGGAUGUUCAAAAUUAUUCUUUGGCUCAAAUUCUUGAGAACUUUUUUGUGAAGGAUAUACUUAAGGAUUUAUUGUACACGAAUACCUCGUUACAGACUGAAAACCUUGCUUCAUUUUAUCAGUUGGUUAUCAAGAAAUUGAAAGAAUGGUGGUCAGAUCCUGAAAAAUAUGCAAAUGAGGGUCACAGCUUCAAAUCAACACAAACUUAUGAGGAGUAUCGUUUGUUAUUGAAGUCUUGGUUUGAUAGCUUAUUAAAUCAGGUGAUCAAAUCCUUGGAUGUUGAUGAUUACACCACUCGAAAUAAUACCAUCUUAUUCUUAAAGGUAAUCCUUACCCAGUUCCCUGUAAUUGAGGAACACGCAGACAAGUUACUUGAUAGGGUGAACCAAAUUGCCGAAACCGAUGACAGAGAGGACAUAAAGCUUGCCUCGCGUGCGCUUGUUGGGCUAGUCACAUUCAACAAAUCCAAAUUGCUUCCAGUCUGGGAGUUCUAUAGUAUGCCAUCGGACGAGAAGGAAAAGGCCAUGAAGGCCAAGGCAGAAAAGAUGAAAGCACAGCGAGAAAGAGAUGAGGAGGAAAGGAAAAGAAAGUUGGAAGAGGAUCGGAAGGAAAGGGAACGGUUGAUGGCAGAAUCAGGCAAGCCUACAUCCAAACCGUAUGGAUUGGUCCAAUUGAAAACUGAGAAGAAGGAACAAAGAACUCAGGAUGUGCGUCCACAAAGAUCCGGGAAUAAUCCAUUACCGGAAAACAGCAAAGACAGGGAAAGCGAUAAAACGACAGGACCAACCAUCAGAGAAACUAGUCCAGUGAGAGACAGUAACAAAGAAGUUGUAAAGAGUUCUUCUGGUCAACAUGAAGACAAUCAUGGUCCAACCAAAAAUCAAAAUAUGGUGGAAGAUUCUAGUAAGCCUCCUAACACUGGUGUGAAUAUGGCAAGUAUCACAACUCUGGAUUAUGCUUCGAUUCCGGGAGGCCCUAAGCCUGUGAGUGAUGCAUCAUCAGCAAAGGUUGGUCCGUUAUCUUUGGAAUCAAAGACCGCUGUCGACAAAACCACUGUCGACAAAACUGCUUUGCUUCCUGUAAAAGAGCAAUUGAAUACUACCACAUCAGCUUCGGGGCAAGUUUCCACUCCUCUGCAGCAGAAACUGUUGGUAAAAACCACAAAGGAAGUAUCUGACAGGUCAUCCAGCGGGAACUCAAAUUCAAGAACAAAGUCUGCAUCUAUGACCCCCCAUUCACGAAUUUCCAAUACAAAAAUGGACGCAAGUAACCAGAACGAGUCCAGAUCUGCAGACAAGGCAAGAGCAACUUCUAAUGCACCACGCGAGAGAGACCAAAGGAACGGUGCCAACCAAAGAAACGGUGCCAACCAAAGAAGCUACGAUGGACAAAUGGGGUACAGAAAUUCAAGAGAGUCUCGAAAAGACUACAGUAGCUACCGUGAUAGCGGUCAUCCCGAAGGUAGUAAUCGAGAUGCGUAUAGGAAGGACGGAACUGGACGAAACAGCAGAGACGACAGAGUUGCUAGAGACAGCAGAGAAUCUCAACGAAAGACGCCUAGUCAGAAAUCCCAGUACCGAGACGAGAGAGAUGAUCAUGGCAGAGGUAGAGGUGCCUGGGAUAGGUAUGAUGAGGGGCGCAGUAGCCGGUAUUACGACUCAUAUGACUACCAGAGAGACCGUAGAGACUCAAGGGAUACACGGGACUAUCGAACUUCACGAGACGCACGUUCCUCUCGUGCCCCACUGCCGCCACCGUCAGCACCACCUCCCCCACAGUCCGCCUCUACUCCCCCAGGAGGAGGUAACAAGCGUUCCAGUUAUGACAGCCAAAGUGGUAGAGAGAAACGUCGGAAAUUUUGA